UAAUGACACGUAUUGAUAUCUUCAGUUUCCGGUGUCUGAGUCGUCUACUGCUUGUGUACAUUCUAUUUUGUAAAUAAACGUAAUGGGCACUCCUUUUUCGUUGUAUUUUUACUAUGUAACUACGGCAGGCUUUAUAUAAUGGUAAUUACCACGCAGAAAUAAGUUAUUGUAUGAACAAUCAACAGUAACGACUUAAAGGACGGGUGCAUGUGGACUAGUUUAAUGCAUACAUAAUGAGUUGGUUUGAUGCAACUGGAUUUGCUAAUCUUGCUAAAUCUGCUUUAAAAGAGGCUCAGAAAACUAUAGAUAAAGCACUUGACAUCAAGGAUGAAGAAAGUCAUCAAACAAUACACAGCAAACCCACGUCACCAAUUAUUCCUCAAGAUGAUACAGACAAUUUCUUUGCAUCAUGGGGUGUGAAAUCUAGUGGAGAAAAGGAGAAAUCUGAUAUGUCAAAUGAAAAGAUGAACGUUGAAUCAUCUUGCACUGCAGAUACUGAACAGGAGUUACAUAAAGAUGCAUCAUUUGGAAUAAACAGAAUGGCAGUGAGUUCUAGUCUGUGGGGCUCUUUCACAGGAUCCUUUUUUGAAAACCCACGAUCAGGCUCAGGUGACUCUGAAGCACAAAAAUUGGAUGGUGGUGAAAAAGAUCCUGUUUUUAAACAGCCCAAGAAGAUCAGCCUUUUUCGAAAUUCUUCUCUGAAUCAGGAGCCAGUCACAUCAGACAGGGAAAGGACUCUAGAUAGGAAAAGUAGUUGGGAUCAUGCUGAUUUGUUCAAAACUUCUGACAGUGAAGAGGCAGGACUCUGUGAUGACUCCAGUGAAUUGGGAGUUGAGGAAGGUUUCAGUAGGAGUAAACUGGUUGUUGAAAGUGAAGAUGGAGAUAUGGGCAUUCGGUCUAGGUUAUCUAGUUGUGAGGCUGAUGAAGAGCGGACUUUGGAAGGGGAUAAUUCUGGUAGAAUUAGGAGUAUUGAUGUUUCUGAGGUUGAUAAGAAGGAAAGUUUAGCAGGAGAAACAGAUUUACAACAAACAUCAGCUGUGGCCAAAGACAGUUAUGUCCCACUAGAUGUAGUGAAAAGGAGAGAACCUUCAGCAGCUGGGAGCUGCAAGUACAGCAGAUUGUCUGUGAUUUCAUCAGAAAGUGAUAAGAAGUCCUCAGAAAGUGUUGAGGUGCUAGGUUCAGCAAGCAGUGAGGGAGGCAGUGGUUUCACUACAUCUCCUGAAACAGAUCUACCACAGAUCAGUCCUGGAAUGUCAGCAUCAUCAUCAGGAACUGGACUGGGAUUGUCAGUAGAAGCCAGCUCACCAGACUCUGUAGAAGUGAUACCAGAUACACCCAGUUCUGUAGAAAUCAUUGGAGAAGUAUCCAGUGGUCGAGCAUCUAGUACUACCAUGUCAUCUUCUCCUUAUGUCUCUCCAGAUGAUCCUCAAGAUUUGCCCAAAAUUGUUGCCAUUGUGACUCAGCCAAACUCAGAACAGAUCUCUGUUCUGGACAGGUACCAGCACCAAGAAACAAGAACAAAUGUAGAAAAAGCAUCUCCAGACAGUGUGGAAGUUAUACCAGAAGAAGAAGAUGAUGAAGAAGAUAUGAGCAUUGCAGAUGACAGCUACACCUCAGCAUCAGAGAGUACUGCCACAGCCACUACAACAAUCAUGGAACAACCCCCUCUCCCAUUCACUUCUGGAGGAAAGGCAGAUUCUGAUCUGGCCAGGUCCCCACAUCACAAACCAUACUUUGUGGCUGAACCAUCCUCUAGUAAUGAGAGUUCUCUUUAUUCUAGUACUGUUAGUGUUAAAACUGACUCAGGAGAAAUUAAAUCGCCUCUUGCAAGUAGCAGAUCUUCACAACACAGUUUGGCACUGCUAGAUUCAUCUUACAAUGAGAAUAUGGUUGUAACAGAAGUCCAACCUAAAGUAAGGACAGAAGAACCAAUUUUAACAUAUGGCAUUGGCAGAACUGGCCUUACACUGCCACUGCCCCAUGGGGAGGUACCUCCAGUAGCAGCAUUGGUGUCAACAAGUGAAGGAGGAGCAUUGUUCGUGGACAAUCAGUCAGAGAAAGGUGAAAUAUAUAAAGUUGGAGCUACUGCCAUUGAUUCCUGUAAUGAAGAAGGAAGUUCGCUGUUUUCAGAUAGUAGGACACUGGUUCCGAUGGACAGUAGCUGCGAUGGGACAUCUGUAAUGGAGAGUAGUUCUGAAGACACUACAGGUACUGUGGCGGCUGACGACUCAUCAAUUGAAGGAAAUUCCAAGGUGACACUCCAACAGACAAGCUCAUACUAUGUGAAAACAAUGUUGGCAGAUGCAAUGGGGGAAGAAGUUGUAAAGGAAUCAAGGACAGAACAACUGAUAACAACCAGGGACCAAUCACCAAUAUCCUCAGAGAGCCGCUCUGACAUGGUGAAAGUCGAGUCAGAACAGACCAGCGGCCAUACAUCAGGUGAUGAACUGGAGACUACAACUUCUUCAGAUAUCGAGAUUAUUUCUAGUCCAAAUGGUGACAGUAGUAGCACCCAGUCACGCCACAGUCCAGCCAAACUUCUUCAGUAUGCUACAAGGGGGAAGCUAGCAUUAGCAGCUGAACGCUCAGAAUCACACAGUUCAGAUCAACUGGGAAAGACAGCAAGUGGCAAGAUGAAAGGUCAUCAGAGAGAGUUAUCAGGGGCGUCUAGUGGAGGUUCAGAUGACAGUCAUUGUUCAGAGGUUGAAAGAUUAAUGAAGAGGAUAGCAGAAAUGACAGAAAUUCUUGAGGCAAGAGAGCUGAAACUGAUUGAAAUUUGUCGAACAAAUGUUGAGCUUCAAGAGAGUAAUUCAGACUUGAAAAGUCAGCUGGAAGCCACAGUACAGUCACGAGCAGCAGAGUCACAGGAUAUACAUCAGAUCACAGAGGAAUACACACAGAGGUUGUCGACACUAGAACGCAAGUUCCAGCAGGCUAUAAGAGAGAAAGAAGUGCUCUGGAAACAACUGGAGCAAGCAAAGCUAGAUGCAGCAUCUAGGCUGUCAAUGGGAGAGCUGGAGUCUUUGGUGGCAGAGAAAGAUGAGAUCAUAAAAGAGCUAAGAGAGGAAGGAGAGAAGCUGUCCAAACAACAGCUUCAGCACUCCAAUAUCAUAAAAAAGCUGCGAACAAAGGAGAAGGAGUCAGAUAAUACAAUAAAGAAUCAGAAGGAGCAGCUGGAUGUAUUGAGUGAAGAGGUGGAACGACUGAAGCGUUCACUUGCUGCCAAAGAUGAGGUAGAAAGAACACAGAUUGAAGCUGUUCAUCAGCUGACAGCCCGCACAAAACGUCAAGAGAAAGAACUUGCCAGUCUUCGUGGACAGCUAGAUGAUACUAAGCACAGAUUGGAAGCAACCAAGGAAUCAUUUGAACUAACUAAAAAGGAACUGGCUGAGAGCAAGAGAGUAACUGCUGCACUUGAGAAGGAACUGAAGGAAGCAAUGCUGAGUGUGGAGAUUUCUGCAAAACAGGAAUUAGUGACUGCAUUAGAGGAAGCUCAGCAAGUAGCACAAGAGGAGAAGGAACAGCUGCUGGCACAGGUUGAAGAUCUACGACUCAAAGUGCGUCAGGCCGAGGAGCAGCACUCUGAGCGUGAAGCAUCCAUCCGACAAGAAUACAGUGUUCUAUUGCGUCGACUAGAACAAGCAGAGGCACGGAAUGAGGAAUUGGCACAGUCAGUAUCAGGAGCAACCCGACCUUUGCUGCGGCACUUGGAAUCACUGCAGGCAGCCAGCAGUGCCCAACAGGCCUCAUGGGAGAAGCAGGAACGUAAUCUUUCAGAUGCAUUGAGUGAAGUGCAGGGUCGGUUGUCCUCAUUGACAGAACAGGAGAGAGUGUCAAGGGAGCAGUGCAUAAUGUUACGCUCCUCAGUGUCUGCCUUGGAGUCAAGACUGGCAGCAGCAACAAAGGAGGUGGCUCAGUAUAAGACAAACCUAGAGCUCCAGCAAGCACAGUGCAACCAGCUGAAACAAGCCAAGGACAAAGAAUUAUCAGGGGCAGAGUCCUUGAGGCAGUCUAUGACUGAGCAACUUGCUGAGCUGCGGAGAGAAGUGACAGCUCUGGAGCAACAGCUGGCAGUGGAACGUGCAGCCACUGAGGCUGAGAGACGCAGGACAACACUCUUGCAGGACCAGCUUAGGGAACGAGAGACUAAUACCGAUCGAGAUCGCCAUGGUAUACGUGGGUCUCCUACAUCACCACGCUCUUCUCCCACACUCAGCUUUGGUCGACUAUCAUUAUCUGAAUCCCUAUCGAGCAAUGCGUGGCCACAGUUUCAGGAUGAUGCAUUUGAGUGCGGGUCUACUGCAGGCCGGUAUAGCAAUGUCUAUGACAGCCUGCGGGCAGGCAGUACUACAUCUCUGCUGGAGGGACUCCAGGCUCAACUCAAAUUGCGGGAUGGAGAGGUGCAGCAGUUACAGUGGGAGAUGUCGAGGAGAGAUGCAGAGAGAAGUGCUCUGACAAGUGAACUCUCUCAGCUGACUGCACGAGUAGAGGAGCAGGAGGCUUGUCUCAAGGAGAUGGAAAUACUGCGCAGCCAGUUCCAGGACUUGCAGCAUAAGUAUGAUGCCUUGCUGCAGAUGUAUGGAGAGAAGGUGGAGGAGGCACAGGAGCUGCAGCUCGACCUGGAAGAUGUUAAAGAAAUGUACAAGACUCAGAUUGAUCAGCUGCUGAAGAAGGAGCCUACAGUGUGAAUUCUCUGCAUGUAUUACAGCAUAGGAAAGAAACCCACUGUGUUUAUUCCUUGUUAAGGAUUUGCUCAUUUAAAUAAAAUAUUGUUUUUAUACACACAAGAAUCGCUAUUAGCAGAGUUUUGUUGGCCUAGUGAUAAGAUAUAACAGUGAAAAGUUUGCUUUGCACUUUGUUUUUUCAGUUGUCAGUUUUGUGAUUUAAAUUGUUUAUUUAUUUAUUUAUUUAUGUUGUUGAAUGAUUCAAUUAACCAAGACAAUGACUAUUUAGUUGGACACACACAAAUUAACUGUCUAUUCUUGGGGGAAGGGUGAAAGAGAGGAGGGAAUCUUCUAAAUACUUUCUAACUUCCUACAUGGUACAGGAUCCUCCUUGAGCGAUGGCAAUUGUCAAGCUUGGUCAAUAAUCACUUGACUAGCCUGGUUCCGGCUACCUCUCACU